ACUUCCACUCAAUGGCGGCAUCACGAGUUUUCUGUCUCCUUGCAUUGACUAUAUCUCUUCUCUCCGUCAUUUUCACCGUCUCCGGCCAUAACAUCACCCAAAUUCUCUCCGAAUCGCCGGAAUAUUCCUCCUUCAACAGCUACCUUUCCCAAACAAAGCUCAACGACGAGAUCAACAGCCGCACUACCAUCACCGUCCUUGUCCUCAACAAUGACGCCAUGUCUUCCCUCGCCGGGAAACAUCCACUCUCCGUCGUCAAAACUGCUCUCAGUCUCCUCGUCCUCCUCGAUUACUACGAUCCCUUGAAGCUCCACAAGAUCUCUCAAGGCACCACACUCACCACCACGCUUUACCAAACAACCGGUCGAGCUGCCGGAAACCUAGGGUUCGUCAACGUCACGGAUCUUAAAGGAGGCAAAGUCGGCUUUGGCUCCGCCGCUCCUGGUUCCAAACUUGAUGCCAACUACACCAAAUCCGUUAAACAAAUACCUUACAACAUAUCCGUUCUUGAGAUCAACGCUCCGAUCAUCGCUCCGGGAAUCUUAACCGCACCAGCUCCCUCCAACAACAUGACUGAACUUCUCGAGAAAGCUGGUUGUAAAACCUUUGCGAGUAUGCUUGCCUCGAGCGGUGUGCUUAAAACCUACGAAUCAACCGUUGAAAAAGGUUUGACGGUUUUUGCACCGUCCGAUGAAGCUUUCAGAGGUGUACCAGAUCUGACGAAGCUCACACAAGCCGAGGUGGUCUCGCUCCUAGAGUAUCACGCCCUUGCGGAAUACAAACCCAAAGGCUCAUUGAAGAUCAACAGAAAUGUAAUCUCCACGUUAGCCACUAACGGAGCCGGGAAAUAUGAUUUAACGACGUCAACUUCCGGUGACGAGGUUAUUCUUCACACUGGCGUUGGUCCGUCGAGAGUUGCUGACACAUUGGUUGAUGAGACACCCCUUGUAGUAUUCAAGGUGGAUAAAGUCCUCCUCCCCAUAGAGCUCUUAGGAAAAUCUCCAUCUCCGGCGCCGGAACCAGUGAGCACACCGACACCAACUCCGUCGGCUAAGUCUCUGUCUCCGACUCCAACAAAGUCACCGUCACCACCGGUCGCAGCUUCUCCACCGGCACCUCCAGCUGAUGAAUCUUCUGAAGAAGCUCCGUCAGACUCGCCAACAAGUUCAGAGAACAUCCGUGCAAAAAACGCAGCGUUUCACGUGAAUACCCAUGCGUACUUCACCGCAAUGGUCACUCUUGCGGCCACAUCCCUAUUCCUAUAG